CAUCGAUGGAAAUGCAUCAAAAUUGAAUAAAAGUGUUGUGAAAAAGUGUCAAAAAUGUUUAAAAGUUUAUUGAAAGCAACGGCCUUUGUGCUAUGUGUGUACCGUAUUAAUUGUUCAAUAGACGGAUCUAUAUCUAAUGAAAUUCAAGCAGAAAAAACUAACACUAGCGAAAGAUCUGGAAGAUCUUUGAAUAAAGAAUGUAAUAAUAACCUUAACGCAAAAUGUAUAAAAAUACACGUACUAUCGUUCUUGGAAGAUUUAAGUUCAAAAGAUGAGUUAACACUUCUACCCGGAUUGAGUAUUGUUAAGGAAAACUACACAUCGAAUACUAGCCCUGAGGAAAUGGCUGCGGAAUUAUCUCGCCAAUUCCCUGGGAAACUGGAAGAGAAAUUAAAUAGGUUUCUUAUUUACCGCUUACAAGAUUAUUUGGAUGGUCACUCUUUGAGAUAUAAGUUAUUGGAUCCGAAGACAUCGCAAGAGGCCUUAGAUAUGGCUAAUGGUGAUGGAGAGUCAGUGGGGAGGAAAGGAGGUGGUGGUGGUUUAGGAGGUGGCGGCAAAGGAGGUGGCGGUGGCGCUUUACUUGCUGCUGCGUUGAUGAUGAAAGGUGCAUUAGGUGCAGCGGCAUUAGGUGCGCUAGCGUUACUAGCUGGGAAGGCUCUCAUGACGGCGUUAAUGUCACUCCUUUUAUCAGCAUUAGUAGGAUUGAAAGGUGGUGGUGGUCAUAAAUCUACUACAUAUGAGAUUAUCACCAAACCUGAGGUGUCUCAUCACCAUUCACACAGCCAUGAAGAACACCAUGAACAUGAACAUGGCCAUCAUGGUGGUUAUAGACGAGCUUAUGAUGCUGAUUACAAUAGUUAUAUGCCUUAUGACAAUAUUAGUUAA